GGCAGCAUAGCAGAGGCUGGGCACUGUGCAGAGCAGAACCCUGUAAGCCACCCAGCUCCAACCCUGCUCACCGUGCCAACGUCCCACAGCACCAUGAAGGGCCCCGCAGCCAUCCUGGCCGCUCUGCUCCUCCUGGCCCUCUGCUCCUCGGCUGUGGCCCAACCAAGGGAGACAGAUGGCCUGACCACAACCUGCUGCAUCUCCUACAUUCAACGUCCCAUCCCACGCAACGCCAUUGCCUCCGCCUACAUCACCAGCAGCAAAUGCCACCUGCCGGCAGUGGUCCUGGUCACCAAGAAGGGGAAGGAGGUAUGUGCAAACCCCGAGGAGCCCUGGGUGCAGAAACGCCUGGAACUCUUCCAGAACGAAGAAAACUGGCCUUUUAUGGAAUCAUAGAAUCAUAAAAUGGAUGGAUUGGAAAGGACCUCGCAGCACACCCAGCUCCAGCCCCUGCUCUAGGCUCUUGCCUCCGCCACCAAGUUCAGACUGCCCAGGGCCCAUCCAAGCUGGUCUUGGGCAUCUCCAGGCCUGGGGCACCCACAGUUUCCCUUCUAUCCGUGCCACCAAUGCUAAGGAAAUGAAAAUACAGAGAUGAUUCAGAACACACCAAAAUGCUUGCCAAGGAGUCAGGAGCUCUGAUGCCUAAAUAAAAUUCUUGCAUUUGAAAACA